GCGGCGGUUAUGGGCCUUGGCGGCAGCUUCUGAGCGGUGGUGGCCGCCAGAGUGAGGAGGUGGGUGGCUCUGGUGCGGGGCCGGCGGCACACAUGGAUGACAGCAAGGUGGUUGGAGGCAAGGUAAAGAAACCAGGCAAGCGAGGUCGCAAGCCAGCCAAAAUAGACUUGAAGGCAAAGCUUGAGAGAAGUCGUCAGAGUGCAAGAGAGUGCAGAGCCAGGAAGAAGCUGAGGUACCAGUACCUGGAAGAGCUGGUUUCAAGCAGAGAGCGAGCCAUCUGUGCUCUCAGGGAAGAGCUUGAAAUGUACAAGCAGUGGUGCAUGGCGAUGGACCAAGGGAAAAUCCCCUCUGAAAUAAAAGCCCUGCUGACUGGAGAGGAGCAAGGCAAAGCACAGCAGAACUCCACCAAACUUGCCAAGGCUGUGAAGACAGAAGCAAACAGCAGCAAUCCCUGGUGAAGAUUAAUCCUCAUCCCUAAGUGAUCUGAUUCUUCCUGUCACACCAUGAAGAGAUGGAGAAGCUUCGCUCUCAAGAGUUCCCUUUACUGCUUCCCAAGAAGUUCUAACGUCUGUAGCGAGCUCUAAAGCUGCUGUUGAACGUAAGGACCAAAUUUUUGAGACUAGGCAAAAAAAGGCAAAGAAAUCAGAGGAAAAACUGAAGUGAGAACCCUAAGUCCUCAUUAUGCUGAAGAGUGUCCUGCUGUAGGUAGGCUUGGGAGUGUCCUAUUCUUCGUGCCACUGAGCAUUCAUUUCCCUGUUAGGUGAUGCCAGGAGCUGCGUUUCUUGCAGGACUCUGUUGUGGAUUUCCAUGACAAAAGAGAAGCUUCUAAUCUGCAGGAAAAUCUGAGCUAUCCCACAUGAGUGGACUGAAACCUGACUGCUGCCCCUGUAUUUAUGGCCUGUAUAGAAUUACAGAUGGGGAGUUUUAGUGUCAGUUUUGUAGCCAUUGCUUUGAGCAACUUUUGUUGCUUGCUGUUAUUUAUCCUGUCAUGUGUAUUUUCUUGGCCUUAUUUUAAGUUGUAGCUAGAAAAUGCUGUCCUUGUUCACCUGAUGAUUUUCAGCAACACUUCAUUAAAAAUAAAUAAAUAAA